UGGGAGAAUAGCGGCUUCGCUGUUAAUACCGUAGGUAGUGUGCAGUGGUAAAGGCCUCCGUGCGCGCGGCCCGUGGUGAACAUACAACAGGUGUCCCGCGAUCGGUUCUCUCUGCCGCGGUACCGGUUCGGUUCUCCAUUUUGCUGGUCCGGUGUUUACUCCCCGUCGCCUUUCACUUCGGGACGAGCGUGCAGAGGUACCGCCGAGCGUGGUCUGGAGCGCGUGUGGUGAACCCGAGCGGAUCGGCGUAACAUGAUGUCGGAGACCGUGGUGACGAUGGACGGUUCCAGCAACAACGCCAGCAACAACCCGCGACAGGUGCCGACGGUGAAGACGGAGCCGGGCCAGCCGAACCUGCUGGCCAGCAUUCGACUGAAUGUCGACUACUUCAAGACCAUACCCGGCAUCAUCAAGCUGGUGCAGCUGGUCCUGGGCAUAAUAUGUAUGGCAUGUGCAUCUCCGGCGUACAUAGGUGCGACGCACUGGUUUCUGUUCGUUGCGGUUACGGCCUUCAUAGCUACUCUUAUAUGGUGUAUCGUGUACUUCCUGUCUCUCCGGGAGGUACUUAAAGUGCCCAUCAACUGGAUUUUAACUGAACUUCUAAAUACGACUAUAGCAGCCGUGCUUUAUAUGAUCGCAUUCAUCGCCCAGCUGUCGGCUUGGACUGCGUACAGAGGCUCCUCAUCGAAUAUUGCUGCUGGGAUAUUUGGAAUCUUCAAUACCAUCGCAUACGCCGCCGGGGCUUACUUCUUGUACAUCGAGUGGAAGGGCACCAACACGCAAUGAGUAUCAUCGAGCAUUAACAGAGGAGAAGCCAGGUACCUGAAGAGCAUGCAACAACAACGAUUGCCGCGACCAGGUCCGUGAUUUCUCAGUGUCCGUCCAAGUGGAUUCUGGCAUGGUCCCAAGAUCAUGCUCAGAAGGAAAGUCAGCGCUGAGAGAGACGGCUUGAAACUAGUCCGGCGUGAUCCUCCUCAGAUUGUGCGUAGCUUAAGAAAAGACUCUGUACCUACGUGCCUUAAGAUUAAUUACUCGUCGUCAUUACAACAAACGCCUGCUGCCGCUUCGGGAAGGGUUUCGACUGAAACUGCAGGGGCGAACGCGAAAUACCGUAAAAAACUGUAUUAUCCAAAAAUAAUUUUACAGCUAUAACAUCGUUGAGCUUGAUUUUGUAUUUUCAUCUGGAAUUCUAAUUACGUAUACAAAUUACGUGCAAACAACAAAUCAAUUGUAUUCUUACAAUUGUUCUCAGCAGAAUAAUUCUAAGACGAGAAUCUUUUAUAUAUGACAGCUGCAGUAAGUUUAGGACAUGAUUAGUUAAACAUUGUUACAUUUAACGCGUGCAUAUUUUAAUAUGGGAAUGAAUAUGCACUUUUAGGUAAAAUAAUAUUAAGUUAAAUUAUAUCUUGUGAUGGAGAAUGAUACAGAUAUGUUACAUUGUACUGUUAUUAAUUUACUUUACAUUUGUAAUCAAAGAAAUUUCAUUUAUUUCGCUACACACAUACACACAUAUAUACACACUUUAGUGCAUGACAUUAUAUGCGGAUAUAUCUAAGAUCAUUUCGUUAAAUUGUACGCGUGAUAUCAUUUUAUUUACUGCUACUUCAAUUAUAUAAUCCUUCA